AUGAAGCUGUGUCGUCGUAUAGUUACAUGUGGAUGGGAGAGUGUGCUAGGAGUGCUAGGGGCAGUACUGAAUGGAGCAGGAGGUAGUGGAGGAUUCACUGGUCCACUUCGCCUUCUAUUAGGGUCAGAGGGAGCUCGUGAGGAGUGUCGCAGAUCCCAAGACCUCCUUGCCCAGUGUCUUAAUGCUCUCCAGUCAUCAGCUAGGCUGGCUAAUAUUUUAGGACUCCAGAACCGUUGUGGUGUGGUAUUUUCCUUGCUUGCAUCUGCCUGUAUUCCCAGUAAUGAUGGGAAUGCAGUUAGCACACCAAAGCGCCAUCAUCUGAGAUCACCUGCUAUAUCAAAGAAGGUGCAGCGACUCCAUACAGCUCACUUGCUCUCUGUCCAUGUCAUGAUGUCUUCAGGGCUAGAACUUGGCUCUCAUGCCCCAGAAUGUUGGACACACAUAUUCAAAUGUUGCGUCUACCUUGCUGAGCUGGAACACACCUUCUUCAGUCACAAUAGUGGUUAUCAGUCAUUCCCCACCCGGCUUACUCCUUCCUCAUCAAGCAGUGACAAGUCAAAACUAGAAUCAUCGGAUGAUUUUCUUAAUGACAACCCAUAUCAUUUUGUGAUACCAGUGUCACCCCUUGCUCCAAGCACUAAUGUGGAGGAACUGAUUCGUGACAGUCAAAGUGACACUAGCAACAGCGGGUUCCUCUCUCCUCAAGAUACAGGAAAGGCUAUAUGUGCCCUCACUCAGCUUGUAGAUAGGUUGUUUGAUGAUGCUUCUACGAAGUUGAACAUGACAUCGUUGGUGAGCUUCCUAGCAGAGCUGUGUGCAGCAUCUCAAGCUCAGCUGUUCUCCCGGAUGACUCCACAGACUCCAAAGAGAGGGCUUAUCAAGUGGCCAAGAAAGAUGAGUGUGUCAUCAGGGAUGGACUCGGUGCGAGGUAAGGGCGGGGACAUCCUGCUGCUACAUCGUUUAGGUGAAGUGAUGCUCCGAGCUGUCAAUUCCGGCCGGCCACUUCUCCACAUAAUGAGGGCCUGGGCUGUUGCUGGGCCCCACUUUAUGGAGGCUGCAUGUCAUAAAGAUGGAUCAGUGAGCAAAAAAGCAGUGAGCUCCAUCCAUGAUAUUGUAAAUGCACUGCUAAGCAACCAGACAGAACUGCCACACUUCCACUUCAAUGAAGCUCUCUUCAAGCCUUUUGAAAACUUACUGUGUCUUGAACUAUGUGAUUCAGAUGUUCAGGAUCAGAUUGUAAGUAGUAUAUGUGAGUUUGUGGAAAGCUGCACUCCUGAAAUACGAUCAGGAUGGCGUCCUCUGUUUGGUGCAUUGAGGUGUGUGCGUCCUCCAUCAGUUCUUCCAACAUCCACAGGUCCCAGCAAUACAGUUUGCAGUGCUACAGCAACCAGAGAGAGUGUCGGUCAUUUGCAUGUUGUGAGAGAUGUAUUUGAGGCAUUUCUAGCAACUGAUAAUGUUCUGGUUUUUGCUAAUGCAGCCCUGGACUGUAUUUUAUGUCUGCUGAAGCAUGUCAAAGGAUCAGGGGAGGAGGAGAGCAGUGAUGAGACAGUUGUUGGAUGGGAUGAACUUGUGGGUGGUGAUCUGUGCCUUGAUGCCCUGCGUUACUUGCACCGCUGUGCUGCUAUCCUGGCCUCCAUGUAUGAGAUGCCAGCUUGUCCAGUCUUCCAUGCUGCACACAGGAUCACUAUGAACUCUCCACCUCAGCUAGUAGACCCGCAUCUGCCCAAUGUUGAUGAGAAUCUCUUAGGCUCAUUGGUCAAUGAAAUAACUGAAAUGGAUGCUAAUGAGGUAUCCUAUGCAGCACUGUGGCCCUCACUUGACAACAUCAAAGUGAUUAAUUUGGCAUCGAUAGAUCGCAGUAGUGGUAUCCUACAAAUCUGGUACCUCUUAUUGGAAGGACUUGCUGGAGCUACAAUGACGUGUCCUCGACGUUAUCAACCACAGGUCCUGGAUACACUUUUCUCACUUCUUCGUAGUUUGCCAGACUGCCCAGGUCCUACCUUUGGAAUGUACUGUGUGAACCAUUUGUUGUUACCUCUGAUGCAAGGAUGGCUCAGACGAUCCAACAGCGUUUCUGCCACCUCAUGGGACUUCACAGCAUCUUUCAAGCAGUACACUGGUCUCACCUCAGACUUGGUGGUAGAAUAUAUUACCAAACUGGCUAAUAAGGAUGUUCUAAGUGAGAGUGGCAGUGCCCUGCUAAUGUUGCAGCAGUGUCUCCUAGUGUUGGUGGAGUGUAUCACGCACCCCAGUGAGACCACCUCCAGGCUCGGUUGUGCUUGUAUUAGUGUGGACAAGUUUGAAAUGAGGGAUGUGGACCAUGAAUGGGUUAAACAACAUAAACAUAUCUCCUGGAAUCCUGAAUGUGAGGAUUUCUCAUUUUCUUUCCAGGUGGCACUGUAUCCAUUGUAUCAGUUGAUGAACCUGUUUCAGCCAGACUCUCCUAAUUUCUAUGGUGAUGUCGGUCAAGUUAAAGUAGCAGCGAGGAGGGACUGCACAGGGAAGGACAGUGACCGUCUCAGGCAGCUUUCCCAUCAGGUUAUCAUUAAACUGAUAUUUUUGGACCACCAGAUUACUUUAGCUAAUGUGUUGCUCCAAGGCUUGGAAUUCUCUAAGGGGGACAGUGAAGAGGGACGAGUUGCAGAGAGUGAAGGCCAGGUUCCAGGAUUUCUUCGUUUUAUGACUCAUGAGCAGGUACAAGUGUUACUUAGUGCACUCCAAGUUUCAUACACAGCAGCUGUUGAAUUUGAUCGUCGUCCAGGAUUGAAAUUCUUAAUCCAGAAGGUGGCUCAAGCAGAAAGAGCAGCAAAUCUUUAUAAACAGGCAGGAGCCAGUUGGACGUUGCGGAUGGUUACAUUGUUUGACCUAACAUUAGCACAGGUUAAACAUGGCUUAGGCUUAUCUGAAGUAAAAGAAGUUCUUGAGAAAGAUGCAAGGGCUAAGAAUACUUUCAAAAGAGAAUCAAAUGAAUCUGGCACUCAUGGUGAUGAGGAUAAAGAUAGUGAAGGAAAUGCAUCAGAGUCUAUAGAUAGAAAGUGUUCUCGACCCAAACAGCUUCUAAAAGAAGAUACCAUGCAUUAUAUCCAGUUGCUACAAGAGUCAUUCACUGAACUCUGUGAUGUUUACUUAGAUCUUGUUAUAGAUCGUGAUGGCCACUACUCAGCAGUGGACAGAAUUGAUGAUCAACCAAUUUUCUUCCUUACUGUGCAGCCAGAUGAAUUUCCCACAGCUCAUCGUAAAAGUCUGGCCCAGUGGACAAAGAGUCUUGAAGAAUUUAAUGAGCAUUUUACAAAAGGGAAGAAAAUUUGUUCAGAUACAGAAACUGAAGAAAGAGAUCCUAUUUCUGGCACCAUGACCAUUGGUGCCAGCCCUAGUUGUGCAGCAGUACCUUUAGAUUUAUCCAAGAGAGAUGACCAGCUCCACGAAGAAAAACCUUUUUCCUUCGCAGACUUGGCAAGAGACUACAGUUCUGACUCUGAGGAUUCAGAACUGCCAGAAUUUGCUGAGGGUGGAGAUUCUGGGGUUGCUAGUUUAUCAGGAGCCCAGCAGAGCAUUUAUCGUGUGGCAACUGAAAAAGACAUUGCUUGUUUAAUGACGGAUUAUAGACGAAGGAAAAACCAGCACUCCCUUCCAUCACUGCACAGAGAGAAGAGAACAAAUCCAUUCCUUGAGAAGCGACCCAGUAGACCUGCUGAACCUGUUCCUCCGGAGAUUGAGGAACAGAGAACUAGCAGUCUCAUGAAGGACAGUGAAGCUCACCUCAAGGUGUGGACAGAAAUGGUGGUGACAGUAUUUGAUCUCAUCAGCCAACUGUGUGACUCUGAAUUACGACCACUGCUGCCACUCUUAUUUCCAACAAUGCGCUCCUUAACAGCUCAUGCACAUGACCCACAUCUCCGUCAGGUUGUGGCUGAGCUUCUCACAAGGGUUGCUGCCUUAUAUGGGUUUAGCCCUGCAGAGUAAAACUAGUGCUUCUUUUUAGGCUAAAAGGUAAUACGGUUUCCAAUAUUUUGUUUUGAGGGAUUUUUUCAAGGUUGCUAUAUUCAUACGUAUACGUCACAGAGAAUAGUCAAUAUUUAGGUAGUUUUGACAGUUUUAAGACUUAGAGACCAUGAGAAUUUGUGUAAAAUUUGUAAGACUUAAGUACUACACUGAAAUAGCAAGAAAUUCAGGUGAAUACUGCAUCACCAAAUUAUAACUGUCACACGUUUGGUAAAAGUACCAGUAAGUGAAUGGAGAAGUGUAGAGAAUAUAACUUCAAAAAAGAUGCUUAGAAAGUUCCAAAUGCAAUAGUUAAUACUGUGCUGAAAUAAAAAUAUGGUAAGCAUGUUUGAAAUUUGCAGUAGAUCCUUGUGAGGCUUUGUGAAAAGUACUCGUUGAACCAACAGGUAACUCGAUACAGUAUAAUGUAUACAAUAUGAACCCUAUAAUACCUAGAAAUGAUAGGGUCCAAAUGUGUGUAAGCUAACACCUGAACAGAAUAAUCUUGUAAUAAAGAGCUUACCACUCUUCGGGCAGCCAAAUUAAGUAAGCUAAUGUGACCCUCCAUUCCAUGCUGGUGACUGAGAAACCAGUGCUUUGCUGUACAUGAAAGACCACACCUGUUAAUAUAUGCACAAUAUUUAAAAAAUUCUUAUGCCUUGUCCACUUAGCAACUUCUCUGUUUCAUUGAGCUGUAAAUAUCAUACUGUACUGUUGUAAUAAUUUUCUUAUGUUACUACCAAUUUAUACACACAAAGUCCUAAAACUUCCAUAUUCGUUUUGAAUGUACAAAUGGUCAAAGAUUGCCCACAUCCCACUAUACUAGUAAACAUAAGUAUGCUCAGAGAAUCUUCACAGAUUUUUUCACAACUUCUCAAUCUUGUUGAAUCACUGUUACUAUCAGUCUUAUACAUUUCUACGAUUGUUACACAUUCAGUAUUUUUCUGUUAUUUUGGAGCUAGCUAAGUGUCACUUAUUUUCCUAUCAUUGUCACUUCUUGAUUUGCCUUUUUAUGACUUCCAGAAUGACUAAAAAUAAUUUUGGAUAGCAAGGUUGAUGUGCAGUGACAAAAAAGAGACAAUAAAAAUUCAUGAUGUCUGAGGUUAUGCAUAAAAUUAAUAAUUAUUUUGAUCAAGGAUUUCAAGUCUUGGGAAUUGCAAUAUCUCAGUGGCAGAAUACCAUUACAGUGGAACCUUGACUUAGGAGUGUCCCAACGUACGAGUUUUUUGAGAUACGAGCCAUCCUUGGGUCGAUUUUUUGCUCUGAGUUACGAGCCAACAUUGGAGUUACGAGCCAGCUCCCCCUCCCCCUCCCCCUCCCCCUCCCCCUCUUCCCCCUCAACCCAAAACCUGGACACCUUGCUUGUUUAUCAAUGAUUUCAUACUUUAAUUCCAUGGAAGUCAUGCUCUUUUUCUUCUCAGCACUGUCCUUUACACUUACUUUCUUAGGACUCAUGCUUAGAAAAAUGAAAUUUGGCCAAAUGACUGUUAAAAAUGUAAGCAAAGCAGGAGAGAACUGCUCCCACAGCAAGGUAAACAGUGUACUGAGUUGGCGGCAUUCUUUAUUAUAAUAAAAAUAAUAAUAAUAAUAUUAUUAUUAUUAGUUAUUAUUAUUCUUUCUUUCAACACACCAGCCGUAUCCCACCGAGGCGGGGUGGCCCAAAAGGAAAAACAAAAGUUUCUCCUUUCACAUUUAGUAAUAUAUACAGUGAGAGGGGUUACUAGCCCCUUGCUCCUG